AAACAAGUUGUGAUACGGGACAUUUCUUGCCACUGUAUUCUUACGUAUGCAGCCCAAUCACGUGUGUGGUCGCUCCUUCUACACGUACUGCCCCGUGCUACACCAGGAGGCGUACUACAGCGCCCACGAGCGCCGCUGCUUGCUCACCACGGCAGACGCCAUGCGCGUAUGCAACCGGUCGCCUAAUCGGUUUGCCAGUUUCGCCGCGUGCUACAACGCGUGCGGUCGCCUGCACGGAUCCAUGGCUGACCGGUGCUUUGAGAAGACAUUGUUCACGGACUGCGACAGGCAGGACGUGUUGUACUCAUGGUGGGUGUUCUCGGGCAAGAACUGCGUCCGGUGGAAUUUUCCACGUGGUCUUUGCCCGGACGACAAGGAGUCCGGCACGGCUGUGUUCGCUAACCACUCUGCAUGCGUUGUUCGCUGCUUGUCAUCUCCGAAAGCUGACGAAAUUAGCGCAUUCAACGACAGCGAGAGGAGCGGAAGGUGCCGGCAACCGAAGGCGAAGAUUUGCACGUCGGAACAGCUGCGCUUUCCAUACUUCGCCGAUAUUUUGGGAAGCGGCCGUGGACACUGUAUCAGAGCGACCUCGGAAACCCUGCUCAUGCACCGAUGCCUGGUAGGGGCCAACCGCUUCGGCACAGUUGCGGCUUGUAGUGAGGCUUGUGAGCGCCGGAAGACCUAACUGUUUUGUGACACAAGUGCUCCAUUAGUUUGUUGGCACCACAGUGUGCCAUAAGUGCGGAAAUAAAUCGUAGUAUUCAUAUGGAAGCGUAGUCCAGGCAAACUGCUGC